AUGAAUGAGAUGGUGCAAAGUAAAUAUUUAUCUUUAUCCAAAUCCAAAUCAAAAAUUUCUUCCAUCACCAUGUCGAUGAUGAUGUGGGGGGAACCGCCCCAUCGUACAAAUCCAACCGUCCACGUGGCACCGGCACCAUGGCCGGUGAUGAACAAUCCAACGGCGGAGAUUUUUUCUGAUGAUUAUUCUCAGUUUUAUUUCGAUGAAGCGCUGAGUGCUCUUCAACAAUAUGUUCCGUCAUCCAUGGAAGAAGAAGACGAUUCUGACUCGGAGAUUUUUCCGAGUCAUGACUCGGUGGAUGCGUAUACGAAUGACCAUUUUCGUAUGUUUGAGUUCAAGAUUCGGAGAUGUGCACGUGGUCGGUCACAUGACUGGACCGAGUGUCCUUUCGCUCAUCCCGGCGAGAAAGCUCGCCGGCGUGACCCGAGGAGGGUUCCGUACUCCGGGACUUCGUGUCCGGAGUUUCGGAAAGGAAGUUGCAAGAAAGGCGAUUCGUGUGAGUUUGCUCAUGGGGUUUUUGAGUGCUGGCUUCAUCCUUCUCGUUACCGGACUCAGCCAUGCAAAGACGGAACCAGUUGCCGGCGGCGUGUUUGUUUCUUUGCUCACACGGCUGAGCAACUCAGGGCUCCGACGAAUCUACAGAGUCCAUUGAGUAUGAACUCUGUUGAGUCGUACGACGGUUCGCCUCUCCGGCUUGCCAUUGAAUCCUCCUGUGUUAAAAAGCUUCGGUUCAUGUCUCCUACCGGUUCUGUUUCGCCGCCGGCGGAGUCUCCUCCGUCAUUGGGAAGGUCACCGGGUUCUGUGAAUGAGAUGGUGGCUUCGCUGCGAAAUUUGCAUCUUGGGAAGAUGAAAUCUUUACCUUCCUCAUGGAAUGUUCAAAUGGGUUCGUGUUCGGGUUCUCCUCGAUUCGGAUCUCCAAGAGGACCCAUGCUCCGACCCGGAUUCUGUAGCUUACCAACGACGCCGACACAGCCACCGUCUCGCGGUGGCGGGGUAAACCAUUUUGAUCUUUGGGAUCAGAGCUGUGAAGAGGAGCCUGUGAUGGAGAGAGUGGAGUCUGGUAGGGAUAUACGGGUCAAGAUGUUUGAGAAACUGAGCAAAGAGAAUUCUUUUAAUGGAUCCGGGUCUGGUAAGGUUGAUGGGGCUCCGGAUAUUGGAUGGGUUUCGGAGCUUGUGUGA